UAGAAUGAGAUUUCUACUACAGAGGGAGCGUCCAUGGUCAACUGCCAAAUAAACAACAACAACAAACUUUUUGUGCAAUCAUCUCUGUUUUGACAGACUGACAUCAUCACCGGAGGAGGAGGAGGAGUCAGAGAAGAUGGAGUCUUGGUUCUGCUCAUGCUGGGUUUACCUGAUGGUUAUCGUCGCGGUCAGAGACAUCUCAGCUGACCCAGCUUCACCGCCACGCUACACCAUCCACCACACCGAGGUCAAAUUCAACAGCGCCACAGAGAACUGUUCCCCUGGCAUCCUCACCACCCUCGCCACCAACCAGGACGUCAAUGACAUCCUCAGUUUCAUCUCCAGGUCAGUUCCAUCUCUGAAUAAGAGCAACUUCACCUUCUGGGUUGGCCUGAGGAAGGACAAAGACAAGUGUGUGGCUCCCAUGCUGCCCCUGAAAGGAUUCCAGUGGACGGAGGAUGGCAGCAAAGAAAUGCAGGUGAGCCGCUGGACCGUGGAGCCAGAGUCAACCUGCACAUCAGUUCUCUGUGGGGCACUACAGGUGGAGUUAGAGGAGUCAAGGGUGACGGGGUGGGGUCUGAUCCCUAUCGGCUGUAGUAAAGGCCACAAGUUCAUCUGUAAGCUGAGAGAUGGACUGACAGGGGGAACACCUAAACCAGCUGAACCUAAACCUGAAACAGCAGAACCACAUAAACCUGAACCUAGACCUGCAACACAAAAACCAGAACCAACUAUAGCUGAACCUGAACGUCCUGCCCAAGAACCAGGACCUGACCUGAACCCUAAAACUGGACCUAAACUGCAGGGACCUGAGCCUGAUUCUGGUUCUGAACCAUCGGUGGAGUUGGACUCGUGUCAGCGCCCCAAUAUCACUCGUGUCCGGUCCUUCCGUCUGGACCCCGACAACAGCAGCAGAAUCCAGGUGGAGUGCUGGUCCAACGUCCACGUGGAGCUCCGCUGCUCGGGCCGCCCUGCCAUGUGGCGGCUGUUGGACGACUCACCCGUCAACAUCACCACCAUCUGCCAGCCAUGUGAGGUCGGCUUCAAGAGGGACACUUCUGGAAACUGUGUCGACAUUGACGAGUGUAGAGGUGGCAACCCCUGCAGGCACACCUGCCUGAACACCGAGGGCUCCUACAGGUGCGUCUGCUCCGACAAGGAUGGGAAACAACAUGAGGAGGACUCUACCGAGUGCACGGAUUCUGAGAUAAACAUUGACAAUGGAUUGAUGUCAGGUAUCCUGAUCCCGGUGCUGGUUGCCGUGGCAGCACUAGUGGUGCUGGUGGUGGUCAUCACAGUGACGGUGAAGUGCUGCCUGAAGAGGCGGUCGAAGAAACGGGCCAUAAAGAAAGCGGAGAAGAUGGCGAUGAAGAAAAAAUAUGAGAAGGUAGAAAUAUGAAGGAGCAGAGCUGUGAUUGGUCGAAGGUUGUGUGUGGCAGUGACAUCAUCACAGUGUCAAACAUUGUGUCUCUAAAUUAAAACAGUGGAAUACUCUCACCUCAUUGGCUGAUUUUAAUUUCUGAUUGAAAGAAGUCUUGGAGAUGGUGAGGUUGAGUCAUUAAACCUGAACGCUGUGUUUCUGUUAUCUAAUUUGUUGCCUGUAUAUUUAACUGUAAUUACUCGACAUACUGGAUACAACUUAUAGAUUGAUUCAUUAGUCAAUAACUGAUUAAUGAAUAAAUUUGUCCUUAAAUAUGUAACUAUUUACCUUUGACUGUUGCUGUCGUCCUUGAGGCGGCCCGAUUCGGGUUCAGGUGCAGACUCGUGGGUGUUCUGAUUAGGACCGGUCCGGGUUGUGGAUUGUUCUCGAUGCUGUGGAGGUUUUCACUUUAACACAACUCGGACCUUUAAACACAUUUUAAAAAUGGCUCUGAAUUAGUUUUAUCCCAACAAAUUAUUAAUUAUUUAAAGACAUUUAUUGAUGUAAAUGUACUUAAUGAAUUGUUAAUUAAAGCACACAUUUGAUAACUGUUACUGUCUUUAUUUCCAGUUUUAUUUUUUUUCAAUUUUUUUAAUUUCACAAAAAUCUGUGUUAUUAUAUUAAUAUGUAAAACCUGACACAUCUAAAUAAGAGGUAAGUUAACAUAAAUGAAUCCUCCAGACAAACUGAUUCACUCAUUCACAUGAAUUCAACUCAACAAUGAACUGUUGAAUCAGUUGUUCUGAACAUAAAUGUGUUCAGUAUUUUAAGUUCAGGUGAUUUAAUUUCAGUUUGUUCCACUGACUCAUUUUCUUUAGCUUGACUUUAUAUAAUUAUAACAAUGUUAGCAUUAUAAUGCUGUAUAGCUUAGCAUUUUAUUUCACUUUAUUAAUCAUCAUAAACCCAAAUAUGCACCAAAAUCUUUCUCAAUGAGCCCAAAGUGUAAAGAUUUAAUGUUUGUACUUUAAAUAAACUAUUUAACUAUUAACUAUUGAAUUAUUUUAAUCAUACGUCAGCUGUUUGCAGGUGAUGUAAUAAUUUGCUUAGUGGAAGAAAACUGAGUAAAUUCAACUUGGGAACAUUUGUA